AUGAUUAGAAUAUUACAUUUUAGUUUAUUGAAUACCAUCGACCACUACAGGCAUAUCUGUAAAAGGAUGUCCCACUACGUUUUCGUUUACGGAACUUUAAAGCGAAAUGAACCAAAUCACUAUUGGCUUACCAACCCUGAUAACGGAUGUGGAAAAUUCGUAUCGGAGGGCAUGACGAAGAAAAAAUAUCCUCUUGUUAUAGCUACGAAGUAUAAUAUUCCAUUCGUGUUGUACAGUCCUGGGAAUGGCCACCAGAUCAAAGGUGAAAUAUAUUCUGUAGACGACAAGAUGCUUGCUAAUCUUGACAUAUUAGAGGAUUAUCCAAAAUGGUACAUAAGAGAAAUAGAAGAAAUUAUUGUAAAGACACCUAACUCAACUAAGGAGGAAACCAUGAAAUGCUGGUUGUAUUUCCUGAAGAAUUUCAAACCAGAUCUGUUGGAGAUGAAGCUCUAUGAAAGCUACUCAUCCAAUGGUCCUCAUGGACUUAAGUAUUUAGAAAGCGACAAUGAGGCUACGCUAGAGGAUUUAAAGGAAUUACUGAAAAAGUAA